AUGGUGUUGAAGGUUGAAAUAAUAUCCGGCGAGACCAUUAAACCAUCCUCUCCAACUCCGUUACACCUAAAAAGCUACAGACUUUCUUGGAUUGAUCAGGGAAAUAUGCCUCAUCCGCCGAUUUCUCUCCUCCUGUUCUACUCUGGUGCCAAUGCAGACCCUGUCGAACAACGUGGUUCGCUAAAGAAAUCUUUGUCAGAAACGUUGACUCGUUUCUACCCAUUAGCAGGAAAAAUCAAAGAUAAUCUAACAAUUCAAUGCGAUGACUAUGGAGCUUAUUACUUGGAAACCCGAGUUAAUUGUCAGCUCUCUCAAGUUCUUACAAAUCCUGAAGCUAAUACCUUGAAGAAAUUCCUUCCAUCUUAUGAUCUCCAUUUCAGAAGUGGCAGUAGUGGUAGUACAACUAAUAAUGAAUUGGAUUUGAAAGAUCUAAUACAAUUAGUAAUUCAAGUAAACGUUUUCGAUUGCGGUGGAAUGGCCAUUGGUAUUUCCAUGUGUCACAAGAUAGGAGAUUUGGCAUCUAUGACAACAUUUCUGGAUUCUUGGGCAAGAACUUCUUGCCGCGGAACCAAUAGUACUGCAGAUGAUCAAGAAAUGGUUACUCCGUAUUUUUACUCCGCCUCUCUUUUCCCUCCUAAGAAAACGCUUGCUUCCUGCCCAUUCAAGAAACUUUCCGUUCGAAACAAGCAUGUCACUAGAAGGUUCGUUUUUGAUGCGUCAAGAAUAGCUGCACUCAAAGCCAGAGCAACCAAUCCCCUAUAUGUGAAUAACCCAACUCGUGUGGAAACAGUAACAGCACUUAUAUGGAAGUGCGCAUCAAGGGUGGGUAUCAAAAAAUCAUCAGAGUCUGCUACUAGACAAUCCGUAGCUUUCGUACCAGUAAAUCUUCGCGGGAGAAGGAUUCCGCCUAUGCCCGAACAUCUUAUUGGGAAUCUCGUUCAGUUGGCAGUUGCAAGUAAAAGUACAACUGCUGGCGCAAGUGCAAAACAAGAGGAUUUAAGCUACUUGGUGCAACUUGUCAGAGAUGGCAUAAGUAAAAUCGACAAUGAUAGAGUGAAGGAAAUACAAGGUUAUAGCGAUGGGGGAUUCGGCGAGUUCUUUAGAGAAGUGUAUGGAAGGUAUAGAAAAGGGGAGGUGGAUUUGAAUACAGUUAUUAGCUGGUGUAGAUUUCCGUUCUAUGAAGCUGAUUUUGGUUGGGGGAAACCACAUUGGGUGUGUUGUGUGCAAAUGGAGGGGAAGAAUGUGCAUAUAUUGAUGGAUACAAAAGAUGGAAAUGGAGUUGAAGCAUGGGUGACUUUUGGUAAUCAAUAUGAGAUGGAUGACUUUUCAUCUCUAAUUGAUUGUGAAUUCGAGAUAUCUGCUGAAACACAACGGAACUCUGCUACUUGA